AUGGGGAACAAACAAGCCAAGUCCAUGCUGCCUCCGUCGAGUGCGCCACGCAGUGCUCCGUCCACUGUGCCUGCAUCUACGACUUCUCUCCCUCCAUCUGCCAAUGCUUCACGUACUUCUGUACCUUCUAGAAUAUCUCGCACCUCAUCAACGCCUUCUCCGGUGCCUGCACACUCGUUAUUGGAGACAAAAUUGGCCGAUGUGGACGUCUCUGCUGUCUUUUCUCAGCACGAGAUGCUGUCUAUUCGCAAGCAUUUGGCGGUCGUGCUCGAACAACAUGAAAAUGAUGCUGUGGUCAUUCCCAAGGACGAGUUUUUCCGCUUCUUGGCAGGUGGUGAUGGCCGAACGUCGAGUCUUUAUGUUAACCGCCUGUAUGCGAUCUUUGAUAUGGACAAGAAAGGACAUGUGACGUUUAAGGAUCUGAUGAAAGGCCUGUCGCUUCUGAGUCAGAAAGCGACUCGUGAGCAAAAACUGAUGCUAUCGUUUUAUCUACUGGAUCCAGAGGGCACGGGUUUUAUUAAUAAAAAGAUGACGACAGAGUUGCUGCGCUCGUGUCUGGAUGAAUGUGACGAGCUGGAAAUCUCUCUGUCAGAGACCCAGCUAGCUCAUAUUGUGGACAACACUUUUCUAGAUGCUGACCUGGACCACAAUGAAGUUAUUGAUUUGAACGAGUAUCAGGCUUUGGAUGCAAAGCACCCGGGAUUGUUUGACUUCCUCACCGUUGAUGCAUUUGGCGUGCUUAGUCACCUUGAAAAGGUUCACUCAAUGAGCGUCACUGUACCUCACUAA